CAUCUUGAUGAUCCUCAAGACUUUUGGGAAAAUACUACAAAAGGGCUGCAAGCAUAAAAACACAAUCUUCACUCACCACUGGCUAUAUUUGCAUCAAGAGAUACAACUACAGAUGACCACUUAACAGCCACUGCUCUGAAAAUGGUUCAAGCACAUACAAGGAGAUCAUCUUGACAGAAUACUUGGCCAAAUUCAUACCUGGAAAGGUUUUGUCUUGCAUAGACCCAUCACAGAGGUUUGCAAAUCAUAAAACGCAAUAAGUAAAUCCCCAAAGGUUGAUUCUGUUUAUCUGCACGUAGCGUUUUCAGCGGGACAAACGUUUCGUCACUCACCCGAGCUUUUAAAGCUCAAAACACACUUUGCGCCCAAAAUUCGUCCACUGAACUCACAGCCCAUUGUUCAUUCAGUGGUGCUAGUUUCAGUCACUGUGCAAAUGUACUGCUUAUAAUAAGGAGGGGGAACCUGGAGUCAGCUGAGACUGAAGAAAUCGCUUAGAUGACGAAACGUUUCCCCCACUGCAAACGCGAUGUCCAAAUGAACGAAGUCGACCUUUUGAGAUCAUCCCGAGUUCGGUGACAGGCUGAUAAACUCCUAGUUUUUAUUAAAGGGCGGUGUCUUAGUUUUUUAACAACAUACAGACGGGUAAUCUUUUAGACUAUACACCAUUGUUCGUAUGUAUUUUUAAAAGAAAUGUAAUUAUCAACCGCCGCAAUUAGUGAACACGGGUUUAACGCUGAAGAUGUCCGCUGGUUCACGCCUACAAACACGGAAGUGAAUGUGGGAUUUAUUUCUUGCCUCGCGUGAUAAUCUCAGUAACCACGGUAACGCCAGCUUUAUGUAAAAUGGCUCCAAAGGCGUCAAACGGCCCUCGGAGUGCUUAGAGUUUAGCUGAUCAAUGUUAAAAUAUUUGAUAAUGCCUUUUUAUUAGCAUGUUCGCAGACGAAGCCCUGGACACGGUGAGUGUCCAGUCACUGUGGAGGAAGUCUCGCGAGGCGGCGCAGGAGUCGAAAGGAUGUCAGACUCAGAUGUUUCGCAGUGCUGAGUCAGAGGUCCAGGUCAUUUCCACUACCAUCAGCUCUACUCAGACAGAGCUACAGGAGCAGGCCACAGAGCAGCUCAUCCAACAAAACCAAGAUGAACCAGAGCCGCCUGGCUUGAAGGACUUCCUACAGCAGGUUGAAGACAUGGUCGUCAGAGAGUUAGUGAAAAAUGUCAGGAGCCAUGCCUUUGACGGGUUUCAGGCAAGCUGGGAAGACCACAGUCAGCGGGUCUUACUCAUCCAUUCCCUUCAACAUCCCGGCGCUAAAGAGAAAGGCCUGCAUGUCACUAGUGUUUCCUGGAGUUGUACUGGCUCAGUCAUUGCCUGUGCCUAUGGUCGGAUUGACAAUGGAGACUGGAGCAAUGAGAAGUCAUGUGUUUGCACCUGGAACCUGGACCGUCGAGGCCUGCAUCACAGUCAGGCGGACCUGGUCAUAGAUGUUCCUACUGCAGUCACAGCUUUGUGCUGUCAUCCCAACCAGCCUUCCCUCAUCGCAGGGGGUCUGUACAGUGGAGAAGUGGUGAUUUGGGACACCAGUCGGACUCAAGACUCUGUAGUGGCUCAAACUGGGUUGUCUGCAGACAGCCACAGAGACCCUGUUUACCAGGUUUCCUGGGUGCCUCUGCAGAAGAAGGGAGAGUUCGGGGUGCUCAGUGCCUGCUCGGGAGGAAGAGUGCUGCUGUGGACGGUUGGUUUUGAGCAAGGCAGUUUUGUCCAGAAAGCCGCCUAUGCCGUGCUACAACAGCAGGUUCCCCACAGCAGCAGCCGUUUCAAGGCCCGCAGCAACAGCACUGUAGGUAUCACGUCAAUGGCUCUGUCCCCAUGGGAUUCUGACACCUUCCUCGUGGGGUCUGAGGGAGGCCUGCUGCUCAGAUGCUCCUUCUCUUCUCAAACACUAGCUGCAACAGCCUUUGAGGGCCAGAAUGCAACACUAAGAGCCCCGGCAGUCUUCUCAUUUAGGCCCCGCAGCGGCCCUGUCCAUUCCAUACACUGCUCCCCCUUCCACAGGAAUCUGUUUGUGAGUGGAUCAACUGAUGGUCUGGUCCACCUUCACUCGCUGCUGCAGGCCAGUCCACUGCUCUCUCUCAGAGUUUCAGACUCUUACAUUUUUCAGGUGCAGUGGUCACCAACCAGGCCGCUGGUUUUUGCUGCAGCCACUGGAAAAGGUGAGGUGCAGAUGUUCGACCUGAGCCACAGGUCACUGAGAGCAGCAGCUACAAUUGAGCAGGGAGAUGCGGACCAAGCUGCAACUUGUUUGGCCUUCAACUGUCAGAAACCUCACCUCUUGGCGGUUGGAAAAACCGAUGGGACAGUCAACAUUUGGCAGCUGAGUGCCGAUUUGAUGGAGCAGAGCCCCAGAGAGAUCAGCCAGUUGGAGAAAAUAGCCAAUCAAGUGGCAGAGUGACACAGAUUAGCUUAGGACAGAGACUGCACCAGCCUGACUCACUGACAACAACUGUGGUUCCAAGUCUGAAACAGAAAUAAAUGCAGAACAGCAGAUUCCAGUUUUAACCAGUAGCGUUUAUUAAAGCACACUGCAAAUGUUAA